CCCGGGACGACAGCCCGCUGCGGUCUUGGAGACUUUAAAGUGCGAGUAAAGCGUGACAGUUGCGUUCGGCGAUGUUUUAAGAUAAAAAGUGGAACGGGGUGCAGUGCGUCCUCGCCUAGUCCGAGUGUGAGCCCCGGGAAUCGCACCCCGGCCGGUUGCCUUCACCUGUAGCCGGGCGGGGGCUCCGCCGGCGGGUGGGUUUGUCAGAUACCUGCGUCCCCCUUCAUCGACGCCACCUGUCGAUCCGCCCUGGCGAUGGUAAUCGCUGCGGAGUGUCGGUCAGCGCGGGCUGGGCGGGAACCGCGGGCUGUCCCGGCGCGGCCACAGGUGCAGCCGCGUCUUCUUGUUCGAUCCGUCUGACCAGGGUCGUUUGAAAUCAGCGGGAGAAAACGCGUGAGGACGGACGUGCUGCCUCGAAAUGUUGCUGAAGUGCUGCUGAAAGGGCCAGAGAUGCCAGGAUUUGGGGCCCAGUGAACCUUAAGCUGCCUGACACUGACCUCCUUUCACUGUUAAUAAAGAAGAAGCAGCAGCUUAGCAUGCGUUAACGCCAGUUCGUUCCUCUGCUAACCGGACACUUUGUGCAGCUUGUCUACCUCGCACAGGACGAUUGGCCCAGAAUAAGAUAGUUUCCUAUUGUACGCAGCUUGUAAUAUGCCUCGAUGGAGGAGAGUUUGGUGAGCAUGAGGGAAGACCAUUCUUUUCAUGUUCGUUACAGCUACAUGUGUGCGUUAAUGUCCAUGAGAAAACAAGCGUUAGUAUCACACCAGACUCAGUUCACAGUCCUGCUUUGGAUGAGCUAGAUUUUUUUUUAAAUGACGGUGCCAUUGGAAGGACGAUGGCCAAAUUACAGAAAGCCAUUUAAGGGAAUGACAGCUGGAACGUAGACAUGGCAGAAGUCACAGAUGUUGGAGAAACACAGUGAAUGGAAGCCUCUUGCCUGGAGCUGGCCUUGGAGGGGGAGCGCCUGUGCAAGGCUGGAGACUGCCGCGCGGGGGUGUCCUUCUUUGAAGCCGCAGUUCAGGUGGGAACCGAGGACCUGAAGACCCUCAGUGCUAUCUACAGCCAGCUGGGCAACGCCUACUUCUACCUGCACGAUUACGCCAGAGCCCUGGAAUACCACCAUCACGAUCUCACUCUUGCAAGGACGAUUGGAGACCAGCUGGGGGAAGCCAAAGCGAGUGGUAACCUGGGCAACACCUUGAAAGUUCUUGGAAAUUUUGACGAAGCCGUAGUCUGUUGUCAGCGACACCUCGAUAUUUCCAGAGAACUUAACGACAAGGUGGGAGAGGCGAGAGCGCUCUACAACCUGGGCAACGUGUACCACGCCAAAGGGAAGAGCUUCAGCUGCCCCGGCGCUCAGGACGCGGGCGACUUCCCGGAGGAGGUGCGCGCUGCUCUGCAGGCCGCUGUGGAUCUCUACGAGGAAAACCUGUCGCUGGUGACCGCUCUGGGUGACCGGGCCGCCCAGGGACGUGCCUUUGGAAACCUGGGAAACACACACUACCUCCUGGGCAACUUCAGAGACGCGGUCAUAGCCCACGAGCAGCGUCUCCUUAUAGCAAAAGAAUUUGGGGAUAAAGCAGCCGAAAGAAGAGCGUACAGCAACCUUGGAAAUGCAUAUAUAUUUCUUGGUGAAUUUGAAAUGGCCUCUGACUACUACAAGAAGACAUUGCUGUUGGCUCGGCAGCUUAAAGACAGAGCCGUGGAGGCGCAGUCUUGUUACAGCCUGGGGAACACCUACACGCUGCUCCAGGACUACGACAAGGCCAUCGACUACCACCUGAAGCACUUGGCCAUCGCGCAGGAGCUCAAGGACAGAAUCGGUGAAGGGAGAGCGUGCUGGAGCUUGGGAAACGCGUACACAGCCCUAGGCAACCACGAGCAAGCCAUGCACUUUGCUGAAAAGCACCUGGAGAUUUCAAGAGAGGUCGGGGACAGCGGUGGCGAGCUAACAGCACGGCUGAACCUCUCCGACCUUCAGAUGGUUCUCGGGCUGAGCUACAGCACAAACACCUCAGUGAUGUCUGAAAACAUUGAAAUUGAUAACAGCUCACACGGUGCACGCCCCAAGUUUGGACGCCGACACAGUAUGGAAAACAUGGAACUUAUGAAAUUAACACCAGACAAGGUACAGAACUGGAACAGUGAAAUUCUUGCGAAACAAAAACCCCUCAUUGCCAAACCUUCUGCAAAGCUACUCUUUGUCAACAGAUUGAAGGGGAAAAAAUACAAAACUAGUACGUCCACUAAGGUUCUCCAAGAUGCCAGGAAUCCCAUUGAGCACCGAGUUCCAAACCCCCAGAGGCUUUUCUCUCUGUCUCAGAAACUCAGUGCAGACACGAUGGGAGAGGAAGGGUUUUUUGACCUCCUGAGCCGAUUUCAGAGCAACCGGAUGGACGACCAGCGGUGCUGCUUACAAGACAAGACCUGCGGGACAGCUUCCGGCACAGCUCCGUCCACUCCCCCGAGAGUGAAGCUAAAAACACCAUCUGUCUCCGUGGUGUCCCCCAACACAGACGAGUUUCUGGAUCUCCUGGCCAGCUCGCAGAGCCGCCGCCUGGACGACCAGAGGGCCAGUGUCAGUAACUUGCCAGGGCUGCGUCUGACCCCAAACAACAACCAGUCUGUCCUGGGCCACCUGGUGACGAGUGACAAGGAGCCUGACGAAGACUUCUUCGACAUCCUCGUCAAGUGUCAGGGGUCCAGACUAGACGACCAGAGAUGUGCGCCUCCCCCCGCUGCCACAAAGGGGCCGACGGUACCAGACGAGGACUUUUUUAGCCUCAUUUUACGGUCUCAGGCGAAAAGGAUGGAUGAACAGAGAGUUCUUUUACAAAGAGAUCAAAACAGAGACGCUACAUUUGGGCUGAAGGGCUGCUUGCAAAGUGAUGCUCUGUUGGAAUUUAAAAAUUCAGGAAGAAAAUAAGCCCCUAGUUACUAUGGACGUAUUUUUUAAAGUGACCCUGUGUCCCUUCAGAACGCUGUUCAGGAACUGCACCUACUUCUCUUUCCUGGAAAGGAGGGGUUGCGGCAUGUAACAGCCUGCAGGCCGAGGGCGGCGCGCACACUUGGCGUGUACCGUGCAGCGUGUGCACAUGGACACUCACGUGCUUUGUGGACGCGGCCUCGGUGCUUCCCCAGCUUCCGUGAUGCUGCCGGGGACUGUCCUCCAGCAGCUCGUUCGUCCUUGGCCUCGGUGCGUCAAGUAGAAAGUUAGACGAACCCCGAUGACUCUAGUCCCCUUUCUGAGAUCGUAUUUUUAAGCGCUCCAUUGACAAUGGCUUUUUUAUACUUAACAUAUAAAGAGAAAAUAUGUUGUCUAGAAAAAAUGUGCUCGACCAAUGUGUAGUUAUAUAAAAUAGUCCCAUAAAAAAAUCUAGGUUUCCCCCCUCUAACAAAAUCUAUUUUCAAUAUAUUUUUGGGCCAAAGCCAUUAUAAAUGAGACUCUUAAGAAAUAAACUUCUUUUAGCUUGU